AACAGGACGUCGUUGAUGCGCGUGCUAUUGUCAGUUCCGUUGACCCAUUGUUGUGCGCUAGGACAUCAGGGUAUGGCUUUGCCCUCCCCAAACAUGUGCCAAGGCCAGAGCCGCAGCAGGCACUAAUCUGCGAUGCAGGAUCCUGGUGACCGCACUUCCACGACCUGCUGUGACCUGGAGCGUGGAAGGUUCUUGAAUGUUUCGCAGUUCUCGGAAACAACGGGGCAGGCUAUAUAUAUGCUUUCCAUUGCAUACUGCCAGCAACCUGACCUGGGCUUGGGUGGCAACAGACCUAUGCGAUGUAUGUUGCCAGUGCUUGCUUGGAAUGUGCUGUCUGAUAUUGCCGCUCAAGCCUUUGUACAUCUCGCUGCAACAUCGCAACGCUGCAACAUCGGAAUCAAAUUGGCUAAUUAUUAGCAAUAUCGAUUAUGAGUUCCGCUGCCAUUGUCACACCCAGUGCAUUGUGCGGCUCUGGUAUGAUUGCUGCGUUGUUGCCCGGCCCCUCUCAAAAGUCGUAAUAACCCCAGGUGGCACCGCGAGCGGAGCUGAUUUCUUCUACUCGGAGUGUAGAUUUACCAUACAAACCUUCGUUUUCGCUGCUUCCUUUAGGCGAACUUUCGAAUAUUACGCCGAUCUGCCACCUGAGUCAGGUUACACCAGGCCUUGGCGCCGGCUCCCUUGAUUUCUUCUCAUCUCGGACAGGCGAGUAGUUUGGCGGUGGAAGAGCAGCAGAUACAAGGAAACAAAUCUGUUGUGGACACAAGGGUUAAACUGAAAGGAAACAAAAGAUGCG